GAUCUGGAGUAUCGAGAUAAGAAGUGCGUUGCUUAGGGCGCAUGUGGGUGACGUCAACGGAAAUUGUUUUAACGCAAGAGGGGCGGUUUUUCUUUCUCUCGCUAGCCAACGUAGAAGAGGCGGUCAGUGCGCGCAGGAAGCGGCCAUGGCGGGUCAUUCAAUGGACAUAGUGGCGAAGGUGCUGGAGCAGCAGGUGCUGCAGUCCGCGCGCCUGGUGGAGGAGCAGCUGGACGCGGAGCUGGAGAAGAUGGAGAAGAUGGACGAGGACGAGCUGGAGAAGCUGAAGGAGAGGAGGCUGGAGGCUCUGAAGAAAGCGCAGAAGCAGAAGCAGGAAUGGCUCUCAAAAGGACAUGGGGAAUACAGGGAGAUCCCCAGUGAGAAAGACUUUUUCUCUGAGGUGAAAGAGAGCAAGAAUGUGGUCUGCCAUUUCUACAAGGACUCCACAUUCAGGUGCAAAAUUUUAGACAAGCACCUCUCAGCGCUGGCCAAAAAGCACCUGGAGACGAAGUUCAUCAAGCUGAACGUGGAGAAGGCGCCCUUCCUCACGGACAGACUGCGCAUUAAGGUCAUCCCCACCAUGGCUCUGGUGAAGGACGGGAAGACCAAGGACUACAUCGUGGGCUUCAGUGACCUGGGCAACACGGACGAGUUCCCCACAGAGGUCCUGGAGUGGAGGCUGGGCUGCACCGGCAUCAUCAACUACAGUGGCAACCUGCUGGAGCCUCCCACAGCUGGUCAGAAGGCAGGGUCAAAGUUUACCAAGGUGGACAAGAAGACCAUCAGAGGAAAAGGCUACGACUCGGACUCUGACUCAGACGAUGAUUAGAGAACACUUCCUGUCGUUCCUCAGUCUCUCUCAGGACUUCCUGUUUCACAGUCCUUGGUUACAAGACGAGCAGUUCCAAACCAAUAAGCCCACAGCUCGCCCCUCUCUUCAUGCACCCUUAUGCUUUUAGCCUAAUAGAUGGCUCAGUUCGUCAGUGUCUCAUCACUGAAUGCCAUUUUUGUUAAGAUUUUUCUUUUUUUAAUUAGUUCAUUGAUAAAGCGAUUGUUAUUUGGGACUGAAUUUGCCUGUAGUGAACUACCAUUAAUACAGGUAUCUGUGACUGGGUGUGUUCUGCUAUUUUGAAUAUUACAAUUUGCUAAACAUUUUUGUACAUUAACUUGGGGAUUGGUUGCCUGAGCCAUGACCACACUGCAGCAUGAGGCAAGCCAUCUAAAUCAUGGGUGUGCAGUCGUAUCCGAAGAAGGGCCGGCGUUGGAGCAGGUUUUUUGUUUUAGCCCAACACUACAACACCUGGUUCAACAAAUUUAACUAAUCAGGGUCUUCAAGUGCAUCUUAGUGCCGGGCUAAGACAAAAGCCUGCACCCCCACCGGCCCAUUUCGGUAAAGACUAGACACCCCUGGCUCGAGGCAGAGCCCGUAAAGCAACAUAAAGCCCAAUGACUCGGCUGUGCCCUCCUCUCGGACGUGCCUGCAACAGUCUACAGGAGUUUUGAUUAGAACGUGUGAAUCUUACAGAUGAGCGUAUUCUCCAUCUUUUGCAUUUUAUUUUCUAAAACCAUUGCACUAACGAUAAUGAUCGCCUCUUUUAUUUUGGGACGAUGGGUUCGGAGUGAUCCUUCAGUCGCCUGUGAGGGACUAACUGACACGCGUUCCCAGACCCACCUCCUCCUCCUCUUCUUUUGGUCCUGGAGCACAGGUUGAGGUUUUUCUAGAAAUAUGUGCUUUAUCUUAAAAUAAACUGAUUCCCUGGUG